CUACCUGAACAUGUUUUCUUUCAGUGUUAAUAAGUGAUUCCGUAUCUACCAAACCGAGGCAAAGAAAGUUCAGCUGUUUUGAGGAAUGUGGGUGUUCAUUCCAGAAAUAUCUCUAAGCUGUGACUUAAAGAAUUGUUGUGUAGAAACUUACAAUCUGACAGAAAUCAGUAGGGAGAACCUUACCAUAUUUGGUGUCUCCACGAAUAAAAUAUCUUUCAGUCUACAAAGACUUUACUGUUAUAUUGGUUCAGUCCAUAGUUCACAAACUAAGGUGCAGAAAUGAUGAAAGUGAAACUAAGAACUUUUUGAAACUAAAGAUCUGCAAGAACCAACAGCACAGGAAAGACAAUCUUCUGUUUUAAUAAUGGGAAUCUUAAGUCUGUCCGCCCUUGUGAUGUCUUCCAUUUUAUAUUCAGGUGGUUUGGAAUUGGAGAUAUUUUCCUCUCCACUGGAAGUUUCAGUAAAUGAAGAUGUUCUUCUAAAAUGCAUAUACAGUAAACCAGAACAUGAUCUCAGCGAUGUAGCUGUUCAAUGGUCUUAUAAAUCUCAAACAUCUCAGAAGGAACUGUAUAUAUUUAAUGGAGGGAAUCAUCAACCCAACAGAAGCGGUGCACAGAUUUUUGAAGAUGCAUUACAGAAUGGAAAUGCUUCACUUUACCUCCCGAAAGUACAACUUAAUGAAGAAGGAAAUUAUACCUGCACUGUUUACCUAACCCCAAAUAAAGGUGAAAAGACUUCAGAGAUGCUUGUUUCAGUCAAACCAAAAGUCAAUGUAUUUAUGCAAAAAGAGGAGAACUUUGCAAUAUGUGAAGUAAAGGAAUUUUAUCCAAAGGAAAUUACAGUCAGAUGGUUAAAAGUACUAAAUGAAAAAGUGAAAGAUAUUUCAAAAGAUCAGUCUAUUGAUGAUAUCGUUAUGGACCAAAGUGGGACAUUUAGUCUUACCACUAAAGUAAGAGUAGAACUGAUGGUGAGUAGUUCUGCCAAGUACAUCUGUACAGUGAAGCACAAAGAGUUCCAUGGAAAUUUUACACUGGCAAGCAACAUGGCUAAAGAAGAAGAAGAAAUUAAACUGAUUACUGGAGUCGUCUUUGUCAUUUUCAUACUACUUUGUGCACUGGGUUUUGGAAUUUGUAUCUGGAAGAAAAUAUCUAAAGAGUUGAAUGCAAAAGCCACAGAAGCAGAACCAGCCAAAGGUGCAGUUUCCAGUCAGUGUGAAUCAAUGGAAAAUGGAGAUCAAACCUGCCAACCGCUCUUGACCAGACAGGAUCCCCAACUUCCAAAAGCUCCUACAAUUAGUGAUGUGUCAAAUCCCUUUGUAGUCCGGAAUGGUGAAACUGACUGUCUGGAAUGGGAUGUUACCAUUCCCACUGGAGUUCCAAUGGAAAUUAUUAUAUUCCUGAAGAGGAAAAUAAAGGAAGAAUCAGUGAAAAAGCAACUAUUUCACUGGCAAUUGUUAGCAGAACAACUACAUGGACCAAAAAAAGUGACUGAACCUCUGAAAAAUAUACGCAAUUCAUGCACAGAAGAUAAAUCCUUCACUGCUGAUGUACCAGAAUUACAACGCACAAAGGAAGGGGUUCUUUACAUAUCCUGCCGUAUUGAAGUGCAGCCUGAUAUAUCCACAGAUAAUGGGACUGAGUUAAUCAUUGAAAUUUAUCCGGACUCUUUGGAGAAAGUCUGUAAUUCAACAGUACUUCAAGUUACAUCAGAGGACACCCCAACAAAGCCUGAUGAACACGAAAGGAAAGAAGACAAGUCGACUGAUCAGAAUUCAGUAGAAAAUGAAGAGCUGAAUGCAAAAACUACAGCAGCAGAACCAGCCAAAGAUGCAGAGGUCACCCCAGCAAAGCCUGACGGACAUGAGAGGGAAGAAGAGGAGCUGACUAAUCAGAAUUCAGCAGAAAAUGAAGAUCCGAAUGCAAAAAGAACAGUAGCAAAACCAGCCGAAGUUGCAGAGGUCACCACAACAAAGCCUGAUGAACAUGAGAGAGAAGAAGACAAGCCGACUGAUCAGAAUUCAGUAGAAAAUGAAGAGUUGAAUGCAAAAACCACAGAAGCAGAACUAGCCGAAGGUGCAAAUAACAGUCCGUCUGGAUCACUGGAAACAGGAGUUCAAACCUGCCAAGCGCCCUCGACCAGUCAGGAUCCCCAACUUCCAAAAGGCUCCCUGGUUUGCUGAGUUCCUCCAGCAUUUUGUGUGUGUGCUGAAGAUUUAUAGCAUCUGCAGAAUUUCGUGUUGAAACAGGAAUGGCAAGAACAAUUAAAAUGGUGGGCACUAGGAAAUCCUGCUCAUUGUGGCGGUCAUAAUGAAGGUGCCGAUAAAGUGGUCCUACAAUCUAUAUCGGGUCUCACCAAUACAGAGGAGGCCGUACUGUGAUUCUUAUCACAGCAUGCCUGAUGUCUACAUUCAUAUCACAGACAAAGUUGAGUAAUUCACACUGCGUUCCCUCGAUUGAAUUAUUAAUAUAGAUAGUAAAUAUAAAUACCAUCCCACUAUUUCACAUUCCUCUAUUAAGUUUUGAAUGAACCAUUUAUUGGUGUCUGGCUCUAUUGUUUCUUUUAAACACAGAUAUAAUACAUUCAGCUAAUAUUAUGUAAGUUUAAUACAAAUUAAUAAAUUUACCAUAAUGUUGGAAAGUAAUCAUUAUUGUGAUGAAAAUACUUAACAUUUUACUGUAACAAUACAAUUAUCGACACCGGCUUCCUGUUCACUGCACUUGGGUGGUGAAAACAUUUCCACUGAAGAGUUAUCAAGUAUUAUUUGAGAUCUAAUCAAAUUCCAUUUAAUAUCUAAUUGAAAACCUUUAGCGUUAUUUAUGUGUAACAUGCACAUAAACAGUGUUUCAAUAUCCUUUAAGUUGUUCAAAUUUCAUGGUGAUGUCUCACUGGACAUGAAAUGGGAUCAAAUUCUUCAAGGUGCAAAUAACUUCAGAUGAAUUGUCAUUUUCUGUGUGUAAUUCGACACAAUUUGACGUCACUACGGAGUUGACAGCUCAUUUUUAAUUAAUAAAUGUUGCAAAUAUGUACUAUAGAACUUACUUUUUUCAUU